GCUGCUAGGUUAUGAUUGAGAACUAUAAAGAAGAGUCAAAAUCCUAUGGUAUUUAAACGAACAAGUUCGUCAAUUUUCUUCCUUUCCAAGUGUCCUGUACAGAGGAGACAUUGAAGAGCAUACUAUAUGACAAUGUCAAGAUCUUCUACCAUUCUUUUUGUGUUGGCAGCAGCCAAUUUGGCGUCUCUAGUAGAUGCUCAUGGCUACAUGAACAUACCCUCCAGUCGAACAAGCAUCGGCCAUUCAGUUGGCAUCGACACAUGUCCCGAAUGUACUAUUCUUGAGCCCGUCUCUUCAUGGCCUGAUCUCGACGUCGCUCCAGUUGGACGCAGCGGUCCUUGCGGCUACAAUGCUCGGGUCAGCGUCGACUACAAUUACCCUUCCACAAACUGGGGUAACACCCCCGUCACCACCUAUACAGCUGGUCAAACAGUCGAUGUACAGUGGUGCGUAGACAACAACGGAGACCAUGGCGGUAUGUUCAGCUGGCGCAUCUGUCAAGACCAAUCCAUCGUGGAUAAGCUCAUCACACCCGGAUACAUCCCCACGGAUGCCGAGAAACAAGCCGCUGAGGAUUGUUUCGACGCCGGAUUACUCCCCUGUACCGACGUCACCGGAGCCACGUGCGAUUACAACGCAGAUUGCACUCCCGGACAAGCCUGUUACCGAAACGACUGGUUUACUUGCAAGGGAUUCAACAGCGGCACAAGAUGUCAAGGAGUGGAUGGCGCCGCUCUCGGCUCUUGCUACACUUCCAUCGCAGGUGGAUAUACAGUGACCAAGAAAGUCAAGAUCCCAAACUACGCAUCAAAUCACACCCUCAUAUCCCUGAAAUGGAAUUCCUUCCAAACAGGCCAAAUCUAUCUAACCUGCGCCGAUAUCGCCAUUGUCGGUUCCGGCAGCGGCGGCGGCUCCUCAAGUACCACGAGCAAAACAUCUUCCACCUCCACCACCCUCAGCACAUCGACCAAAUCGAGCACCACCACCAGCGCCACCACGGCAACCACAAGCUGCGCCUCAACCCCUUCUCUGAUUCCCGUAACCUUCAACGAGCUCGUCACCACCACCUACGGACAAACCAUCAAAGUCGCCGGCUCGGUCGCCGCUCUCGGAAACUGGGAUGUUUCCGCCGCCGUCGCAUUGUCAGCUGUAAACUACACGAGUGCGAAUCCAUUGUGGACCGGAACCGUCAUGUUGCCCCCCGGACAGGUGGUGCAGUAUAAGUAUGUGAAUGUGGCGAGUAGUGGGACGCCAACGUGGGAAAAAGAUCCCAAUCGCGUUUUUACGGUGCCCGCGGGUUGUGCGACAAAGGGGACCGUGGGGGAUACUUGGAGAUAGAGGGGCAGGGAGAGGGGGUGCUAUGUUGGCGAUUGGAUCUCGUUGUUAGUAGGUAGGUAUGCAAUGCGGAUGUUGAGAUACUGUGAUCUCAUAUGAUUGUAAAAGGAUUUGGACCUUUACAUAUAUGUGUUUUAGUUUAGUUACGAGAAUCAAACUCUUGUUUCCUACCAAACAUGUAAGAAUCA